GUCACAUGAUGACCACUCUUUGUGUGUGCAGCUGAUAAACAACUUCCUUUUCUUUCCUCUGAGGAGACGCCUCAGAACCUCUGACAAGAAUAAAAACUUCACACGUGCUGCGACUCGGGGAGGACCAAACUCGAAGAUGAAUAUUCUCUUUGUGUGUCUCUACUUUUUAUUAGACAUUUCUCUCCUCAAAGGCCAGCAGAGGGUCGAGGAGCUUCAGCACAUUUUGCUCAAGUUCUAUUUUCCUUCAUUUUACAACAACUACAACAAGUUUUGCUGUAAGCUCUAUCCUGGAGGAUGCUACAAGCUGCUGGACAGUGCAGGCUAUACUUGCGAUGAGCUGAAAGGAAGAGUGAUGAAAAGAGAGGGAAAUGGAUGGAUUGAGUUUCAGAUAUCCCAUGUGCACAUGGCAAACUCAGGCUUUUACAGAUGUGGCAUUCUGGGAGCCCAAAACCAGAUUUACAGCGAUUACUUUGUUGAGGUUUUUGAAGUUUCAGAUCACAGCCGGACUCAGCCGGCACAAACGGCAACAAUCAAAACUCCCAAAAGCUCCACAAGGAUCCCAGACCUCUCUGCUGUUGUAGUUUCACAGGAUUACAGUGACAACAUCAGAGCACCCUGGAGUUUUGGGCUGCCCCUCAUUGUUGUGUUGUCUAUUGUAGUGAUGAUUUUUGUCACUGCAGUGAUCGCUGUUGUCGGCUACAAAGUCAAAAUCAGACGUAGAAAGUCAGACAGAUUUGGAGAAACUGAGUACUUCCUCUACAAAACAAGGAGUUUUCAGACUUUGUCUCUUUUAGGACAUGAGUGCCAUCGUCUACACAACUGUGGACUUCAGGCCUCACCAGAAACCUGAGGGGGUGUAUGCAAACCUGAGGGUGCAGAAAGAACCUCCUGUCACAGAGCACACUGGGAUGGUGGAGUACUCCACACUGGCAGUCUGAAUGUGAUUUCAGAUUAAAUAUUUUUAAUGUUG